UCCCUCUGGUGAGGUUAUAUCUGCACUCUAGGCUCUCUCCUUCACCUCUCGCUCCUCCCAUGUGACACUUCUCAACAGACGAAGAGGCACUGUGCGGCACUUCACCUUCUGCACUUGGCACUCCCCCAUCAAAGUACUUGCAACAGAAUUGAGACGCACUGCGGGCUGCUCGACUGAGAAGCCAGGUCAAGAUGAAGAGAAAGACGUGCCUGACCUGCGACCGCCACCUACCAGCCAACGCCUUCCCCAAGAUCAAUGAGGAAUGUCAACACGAGCGCGAGACGUGCAGACGCUGCUGGUACCAGUGGCUGGCCCUGCAGCUCGAAACAAAGCAGUGGGACCAGAUCACUUGUGCGCAAUGUCCGACUAAGCUGGGGCAAGCGGAUAUCAGAGCUCUUGCUAAGCCGGCUGUGUAUACCAAAUACCUCGAAGCAGAGAUCAGAGGCACGAUGGCCGCCGAAGAGUCCUUCCGCUGGUGUCUGAACCCGGAGUGCAAGUCCGGCCAAGCUCACUUCGACGGCGACAUCUUCACGUGCGCGUCAUGCGGGCACAAGGCUUGCGUGGGCUGCAAUGCUCCGUGGCAUGAAGGCGAGACGUGCGAGGCGUACCAGGACCGCAUCAAUGAAGGGGAGCGCAAGCGGCGGCAAGUGGUGGAGGAGCAAGAUUCGGCGAAGGCGGUGGAGAGGGUUGCUAAGCUUUGUCCAGCUUGCGGCAGGAAGCUGGAGAAAAAUGGUGGGUGCGAUCAUAUGACAUGUCAGAUAUGCCGGCAUGAGUUCUGCUGGUCAUGCCUUGCUCAUUAUAGCCCAAUCCUUACGAUCGGUAACUCCGCUCAUGAAGAAAGCUGCAGGUACCACUCCAGGAACCUUCCAGGUUACAGGCCAGCCCUAGCCAUGUUUUAGGGUGAUCGGAAUGAGCCCGUUGUCAGCUCGGCUGCGAUGGAAAUGGUGGCAAGGAGUCAGACGAUAGGCCCGCCUCACCACGUUGAACUGGGCACGGCUGGAGCGAGAGACAGCUGCAUU